AUGGAUUCCGAGGCACAAAUUGCUGAAUCUAUGCCAGAAUUAAAUAAUGAUGCCAUAGAAUCUGCGAACUCUAUAAUCUCCAGUAAGUGGAGCAUAGAGCCCAUAGAAUCGAGAACAUUUAAACUAUUUUCUAAAUCUAAAAGAAAAUCAUUAUCGCAUAAAUCCUGUAACAAUGAAGGUGUCAAAACACAUGAAAAUAUAGUAAAGAGAAGGAAGAGGUGCACUUUUGAAAGUUUGGGAGUGCCUAACUGGCUAAUUGAAAUAUCAGAAAGUUUGCAAAUUAAGAAGCCAACAAGAAUACAGGAACUGUGUUUGCCCUCAGCAUUUGCAGGAAGGAAUUUAAUCGGAUGCUCUGAGACAGGAUCAGGAAAGACCAUAUGUUUCUGCUGGCCAAUACUAGUGGCGCUCGCAAAAAACCCGUACGGAGUGUUCUCGCUGAUUUUGACGCCAACGAGGGAGUUGGCACUGCAAAUAGAGGAUCAGUUUAGAGUGUUCGGCUCAAAUUUGAACGUAAACAUAAUGUCGUGUGUAGGAGGGUAUGACAUAAUUAAGCAGGCGACGGAGAUGGAAAGAAGACCACAUGUAGUGGUGGCAACACCAGGGAGACUGGCAUAUCAAGUGUCGAUACCAGAAAGAAACCUGGCAAAAAUAUUCGCAAACGUCAAGUACCUGGUCCUGGACGAGUGCGACAGACUCCUGGACAAGAACUUUGAGGAAAAUUUGGGAGUGAUACUGAAGUGCGUGCCAAGCUCAGCAGAAGGAAGAAUAACAUUCAUGUUCUCAGCAACAAUAACGCCGAGCAUACAGUACAUGACGACAUCACUGAGGAGUAAAAAGGAGUCGAGUGGAUCCAGCGGCAAAGAUGCAAGUGACCCUAAUGAGGACGGAGGAUGUGAAGGUGAAGAAAAACAUAGCAAGUUUGAGUUGUUUGACGCCACGGAAAGUAACUGCAAUAAGUUGCAGAACAACAUAAAGCACGAAUACAUAUUCCUGCCGCAACACGUGCACAUGACAUACCUGGUUCACGUAUUGAAUAAGAUAUAUAACAUUGAUACGAGUGCAGACGGUAGUUAUAGUAACGACGUUGACAGUAAAGCUAACCAUAAGAAAAUCAGUAGCAACAGUAGAAAAGGAGUUAAGGAAACAGGAGCAGUUAAUGGUGGAAGUACCGUGGACAAGAAGGGGAUCAUAUUCGUGUCCACGAAGAAGAGGUGUGACCUAGUGUACUUAACGCUGGAACAACUUAAGUUUAAAGUGACCUGCAUCAACUCAAACAUGAAGCAAAUAAAGAGAAACGACAACCUGUCGAAGUUCAGAAGCGGGCACUCGAACGUACUGGUGGCAACGGACCUGGUGUCGAGAGGAAUCGACGUGCCGGAAGUGGAAUUUAUAAUUAAUCUGGACUUUCCGAGCACAGUGUUCGACUACAUCCACAGGAUCGGAAGAACGGGUAGAGCCGGAAGAAGCGGUACUGCAAUAUCGUUCAUAGAUGAAUACGAUAGAGACAAGGUGAAAAACGUGGAGGAAUCCACGAACAUUAGGCUUGAAAAGUACCAAAUCAACGACAAGGAGGCGGUGAAGAUGCUGAACAAAGUAACCGUGGCCACACAGAGAGCAUAUCUGUUCCUGCAGCAGAACGAAAGUAACAGGAACCCUAGAUAG